AUGAAGACUGCUGUUGGUAUUGUUUUCACGGCGGCAUUGGGCUCUGCCUUGCCCCAUGCCGAUAAAUCAACUACGACUCUUUCCUCCCGCGACACCGAGUCGAAGCUCCCUUGGAUCCCUUACAAAGGCACCUAUGGUCCCUGCAUGGAGGCUGUCCAUGGUGAUGGUGGCCGCGAGGCAAUUGAGAAAGGUUGCGGCACCGAGGGAUUUUGCGAUUUAUUGAAUCCGGUAUACGGUCCGGACAACCUCGAGCGAUUGUCGAAGAAAUAUGGCUACGCCAACAACACGGAAUGCUACGCUGCCCACGACAAGAUCCCUUGGGUCGAGUACAAGGAAGACUAUGGCGCCUGCAUGCAAGCCGUCCACUCCCACGCCGACCGUGAAGACUUUGAGGAAGCCUGCGGCACUGAGGGAUUCUGCGACAUGUUCAACCCGGAAUACGGCACCGAGAGCCUGAAGCGAGUGUUGGAAACCUGGGGCCAGUAUGGCUUCAUGACUCACACGGAGUGCUACGCCGGCCACACCAAGAAACCUUGGGUCGAGUGGAAGGACUACGGCUCCUGCCACGACGUUGCCUACUCAGUCGUUUCUCGCGAGAAAUAUGAGGCCGGUUGUGGCACUGAGACAUUCUGUGAUUUGUUCAAUCCGAAACACGGCACCGACAGCCUUAAGCGAAUGACGGAACGAUAUGGCUACGCUACCGUCGCGGACUGCAUCGCGGACCAUGAGCCACAGCCUUAA